UGCGAGACACAAAGAUCUAAACAAUCUCUCUCUCUUUUUCAGUUUCUCGCUCUCUCUCUCUUUCUCUCUCGGGGGGAGUCUCUCACAUGGCGGAGCUGAUUCGUCUGUUUUACUGGUGAUUCUGUUUCGCCAUCGGAGAAUUUCAUUUUAGAGUUUCCUUCACUGAAUCGGUAAUGAGUGAACUCGAUAUCGGAACGAGUCAGAGGAUGACGGAGACACACCGUACGACGACGUUUCUCGAUUUGCUCCGACGCCAGAUGAGCGGUCACGAUCGCACCAGGAGAAAGCGGACUCUGAAAGAACGGUUGAGAUUCAAAUGCAUCGGAUGCUGUGGGCCCACCUGCUGUCUCCGUCUAACUAACAACACUUCCCUUCACAGUCCCAGCUCAAGAGAGGAAGACGAAAUCGAAGAGCAAGGUGAAACAGAAACCCGAUUCGUUCCUCAAACGGACUUUGGAUCGGGUUCGGGUAUGAAUCUCGCGACGGCGUUAGAGGCGGAGAGAUAUAGCCGUGGAGAUCCGACGGAGGCGGAGGUUGACAUGACGCCGACGAGAGUUUCGUUGAUGAGAUUGCUGGAUGAGACGGCGGAGAAAGUCGCUGAUGACGGAGGAGAGACGGAGAUACUAACGGCGUCCAUGGGGACGACGUUAACGGGUAAUGAUUCGGUGUGUUGCGUGUGUAUGGGAAGAAAGAAAGGCGCGGCGUUUAUCCCAUGUGGACAUACUUUUUGCAGAGUGUGCUCUAGAGAGCUGUGGCUGAACCGAGGCUCGUGUCCUCUUUGCAACCGUCCGAUCAUCGAGAUCCUCGACAUAUUCUGAAACGAAUCGGACGGCUGAAAGUUCUCGAUCCACGUGAUUAAACUGAGCAGAGGCGUAGACACCAGAUUUAUCUACGGUUUGUUACUUUGUACGUUUCUG